CCUGUCAGUGAACGCCGAGGCUCCGGAUCAGAGAGCGCGGAGGAUCGGUCAGCGUCUGCAGCCUCGUUGCUCAACUCUUGGGCUCGUUUUUCGGGCUGGCCGUGUUCCGAGUGACUUCAUUUGACCGUCUCCGUUUGGACAUGGACCUGCUGUGGUCGUAGUAUCAGCGGCGGACAAAGCGGAGCCCCAAAGCCGAGAUGAGCGCGGGUCCAGCGGGCUGUGGGUCGGCGCCUCACCGCUUCGCCCACUACUUCAUAAUAUGUGGAUUAGACAACGAGACGGGCCUGGAGCCCGACGCUUUAGCCGCUUUGUACCAAUGGCUAGAGGCAGACCGUCAGGGCAGGGAGCCGGAGGCCGUGGCUGCAGGUGAGAACUUUGACCAGAGUCCACUUAAAAGGACCUUCAAGUCCAAAGUGCUGGCCCACUACCCAGAGAACAUCGAAUGUAACCCAUUCGAUCAGGAUGCUGUUAACAUGCUCUGCAUGCCUAAAGGCCUGUCGUUCUGCACUCAGAGAGACAGCCUGGCCCCUCGCUUCCACUCUUUCCUCAUCACGCGGGAGGACGGCUCUCGCAUCUAUGGCUUUGUCCACACCUUCUACGAGGAGGUGACCAGCACUCAAAUUCGCUCUGCCAUGCAGACUCUGCACCAGAUGCACCAUGCUGAGCAACACACCUCUCCCAACAACUGCCCUUCAUCAUCUUCCUCCUCCUCUUCAUCCUCCUCCAGUAUGGACUCUCUGGCGAGCAGCUCAGAUGAAGUGGAGUCUCCUUCUCAGACAGGAGUUCAGGGUGGCUGCUCAGGUUCAGGUUAUGAUGCAGAACGGGACACUCUGUACGUCUCUAAAGCGAUCUGCCUAAUCACGCCCAUGCCCUUCAUGCACGCGUGCAGACGGUUCCUGUCCCAGUUGCACCGGGCUGUGGUCUCACACCAGCCACCCCCACUGCCUCUGGAGAGUUAUGUCUACAAUGUGCUGUACGAGGUUCCGCUGCCGCCACCUGGACGCUCACUCAAGUUCCACGGUGUGUACGAGCCCAUCUUAUGCCAGCGGCCAGGGCCAAACGAGCUGCCUUUGGCUGACUUCCCGCUGGGCGAGGCCUUCCAGCUGCUCGGAGCGGAGAACCUGGUGCAGCUCUUCACCUGUAUCCUGCUGGAGAUGCAGGUCUUGCUCUACUCACAAGAUUAUCAGAGGCUGAUGGUGGUGGCGGAGGGGAUCACCACGCUGCUCUUUCCUUUCCAGUGGCAGCACGUGUACGUGCCCAUCCUGCCUGCUUCCCUGCUGCAUUUCCUAGACGCCCCUGUGCCGUACCUCAUGGGUUUACAAUCAAAAGAGGGCACGGACCGCUCCAAACUGGAACUGCCUCAAGAGGCAAAUCUUUGCUUCGUUGACAUAGACAACCACUGCAUCGAGCUGCCAGAGGAUUUCCCUCAGUUCCCCAACAAGGCUGAGUUUAUUCAGGAGCUGAGCGAGGUGCUGCUGCACUAUGGUCUUUCUCCAGAGGGCGGCAUCACUUCACCUGCACCCACCACCACUCAGACUUCCGUGACAGGCACAGGGCUGAAGAACACAGUCCUGAGAGAGCUAGUAGAUGAUGGGAGAAAUGGGAAUCUGCCUGGUGAAGCUUUAGACGUCCUGGAGCUCCUGCAGGGAAACCCGACUCUAGAGCGCCUUCAAGCUCUGGCCAAGCGCACAGGAGUGAAGGUGGCCCGACUGGAGGCCCUGGUGGCGGGGCAGAAAGCUUCAGGGGAGGAGAGCAUGGGGGGAAGGACUGGCAUAGAGGAAGAGGAGCUAAGAACUGCCAAGCUGAACGUGCAGCUGAGGGAGGUGUUUGCGGCACGGUUCGCGACAAUGUUCGCUGACUACGAGGCCUUCGUCAUCCAGAACUCACCAGACCUGGAGGCCUGGCUCACCAACCGUGAGCAGAUGCACAACUUCGACAAGGCAUCCUUCCUGUCAGAUCAGCCGGAGCCCUUCCUGCCUUUCCUGUCUCGCUUCAUCGAGACCCAGAUGUUUGCUACCUUCAUUGACAAUAAGAUCAUGUCUCAGUGGGAGGAAAAGGAGCCCCUCCUGCGUGUGUUUGAUGGGCGCAUUGAAAAGGCCCGUCUCUACAACGUGCGGGCGCCCAGUCUGCGCUCGUCAGUUUACCAGAAAUGCACUUUCCUCAAAGAGUCCGCUCAAGCUAUUGAGCAACGGCUCAUGAAGAUUCACCACACAGCCAUCCAUCCCCACUUGCUGGACAUGAAGAUUGGCCAGGGCAAGUACCAGCAGGGCUUCUUCCCGAAGCUGCAGGCAGAUGUGCUUGCCUCAGGGCCGACAAACAAUAACAGGUGGUCAAAUCGCACUGGUCCAGCUCAUCGCAGGAGGGACUGGCCCAGGCAGCAGCCUGAUCACCUCGGGCUGGACAAUGACCUCAAAGAGCAGGUGGAGGGGUGCUUGGUGGUGCAGAACUCAAUGGCGUUCUGGGAGUGGGACAAGGCCCCACCCCCUCCAGUUAAACCGCCCAAAAAGUCCUUCUCAGCCUGCUGCCUGAAGUACAUGCAGGAGGCGCGUAGUCUGGGGAAGAAUUUGAGACAGCCCAAGCUGUCGGACCUCUCACCAGCUGUCAUUGCACAGACCAACUGGAAGUUUGUGGAGGGAUUACUGAAGGAGUGCAGAAUGAAGACUAAGCGGAUGUUGGUGGAGAAAAUGGGUCGUGAGGCUGUGGAACUGGGUCACGGGGAGGCUAAUAUCACUGGACUGGAGGAAAACACUCUCAUAGCCAGCCUGUGUGACCUACUAGAGAGAAUAUGGAGCCACGGCCUGCAGGUCAAACAGGGAAAAUCUGCAUUGUGGUCCCACUUAAUGCACUACCAGGCCAGAGAGGAGAAAACAGAGCAACAGGCUGAGUCUCCAGUGUCUAACGGUCAGGAGAGAAGAAAGUCUGAGUCGUCCAUCGGCCUGCCAGCACUGCGGGUUUCAGUAGUACAGGACAUGAGGCACAUCCAGAACAUGGGGGAGAUAAAGACGGAUGUGGGCCGAGCACGAGCCUGGAUCCGUCUCUCUCUGGAGAAGAAGCUGCUCUCUCAACACCUCAAACAGCUGCUGUCCAACCAGGCCUUAACCAAGAAAUUGUAUAAGCGCUACGCCUUCCUACGGUGUGAGGAGGAGAAGGAGCAGUUUCUCUUUCAUCUGCUGAGCCUGAAUGCUGUGGACUAUUUCUGCUUCACCAGUGUUUUCACCACCAUCAUGAUUCCUUACCGGGCUGUCAUCAUCCCCAUAAAGAAGCUCAGCAAUGCCAUGACAACGUCAAACCCGUGGGUGUGCGUGUCAGGUGAAUUAGGCGACUCUGGCAUCAUGCAGAUUCCGAAGAACGUUCUGGAGAUGACGUUUGAUUCUGCCUUUAGGCCUCACACGCACAUCUCCGCCCUUUUCAAGUGCCAGAACCUGGGGAAGCUGACCACUGUGCAGUUGGGUCAUGAUAACGCUGGGCUCUUGGCCAAGUGGCUGGUGGACUGCGUGAUGGUCCGCAAUGAGAUUUCAGGACAUACGUACAAGUUCCCCUGCGGUCGGUGGCUCGGUAAAGGUGUGGACGAUGGCAGUCUGGAGCGUAUUCUGAUUGGUCAAUUAGUGGCUCCGUGCAGCGAUGAGGAGGUAGUGCGAGGAAGCAAGACUCCGCCUCCUCAGCGCUCUCCCUCACAGCUUCGGCGAAUCAGUAUAUCCUCCAUCACGGGACGAGGCAACAAACCAACAACCGAUCAGAUACAGGAAGCCAUCAGUGAGGCAGUAAACAACAUCAUCAAACAUUUCCACAAACCAGAGAAAGAGAGAGGGAGUCUGACUGUUCUGCUGUGUGGAGAGGGUGGGUUGGUAGGCGCACUGGAGCAGUUCUUCUACCAUGGCUUCCGCAUAGCUCGUCUUUUCCAGAAAAACGUAUUUGUGUGGGACUUUAUAGAGAGAGCAGUGGUAUAUAUGGAGAGUGCUGAUCAGAUGGGGGAUCUACAGGAAACAGCUGAGCCUCUUGGCCUGACUUGCGAUUCUCUAUGUCGUUAUGCCAAUGCCAUCAACAACACGUCACGUAACAUCGGCAAAGAUGGCAAGUUCCAGCUGUUGAUUUGCCUUGGGGCAAGAGAUCGUCUGCUGUCUAAUUGGCUCCCUCUGCUGGUGGAAUGCCCCAUCAUCACGCGGAUGUAUGAGGAGACGGCACUGCUGCGCGACCGGGUUGCUGUUAGCUCUCUCAUUAACGUCCUGCAGUCGCUCCAUGACUUCCCCAUCUCUCUGGAGACCUCGCUUACCAAGGGUGUGGACCUGUAGCCCUGUAGAAACAGUUUCAGACUCAGCUUCCCCAAACCCACCUCAGCAUCCCUCGUCUCUCCUGCCACUGCUGCCACUCUCAGGGCCAGCGCGGCUCUGGGAGCAAUUCUCAAGCUCAAGACUAAAGCGCUCCAGACUUAUUCAGCUAUCUCCCAAACCCCACUGGAGUGAGAUUCACACAGCGAAAGCUGUGUUCAUUUGAUGCAAAGGACCUGUGGAUGUGGUACUGAAUUCUGCCGGUAUGGUUUGCCGGGUGUUUGACAGCAGAGAGUUCACUUCUCCUGCGUUUGUCCUUCAGACUUCAGUCACCUUUAGAUUGCUACGUAUCGGAUUCACAUGAACCCACAAAAAAGGAAUUUGCUGUAAAGUAUUAAAGAUCAGCUUUGUUAUUGUUAUUUGAUGCAUACCUUUAGCAUUGACAGGCUUCUUGUGUCUCUGUAUUCCUUCCUACAACGGGAGGCUAGAGCUAAAUCACAUUGCACAGCUGUUAAAGGACAAUUAAGAGUAUUUGGGUUAGAUGUUGUUCACAAGUCUAUUUGUUUUGUUUAGAAUCAGUCUUGACUGGUAAUUGAUUUGCAAGGAAAGCAUUUGCUUCAACAGACUGUGGUCAUCUACAAAAGGUUUGGCCCAGCUGCAUCGGCUAAGCUCAAUCUGUGGUAAAGUAAAUGACAUUCCAGCAACACCAAGCAAAAAUACUGUAGUUGAGUCUCAGUAUGCGUUCUGUCAUUUCGUGUGCGUGUGCGUGUGCGUGUGUGUGUGCGUGUGAAUGUGCGAGUGUGCAUAUGCUUAAUAGAACAUUACCGGAAGAGGUGUAUUUUGCUGAUCAGUAUUAACUUGGUUUGUGUUGAAAUAAAUCGACAUAAAGCUUGAAUUUUGUAUUUUGGAGAGAACACUGGAAAUAGAAAAGCAAUAAUGCAUAAGACAUAUUUAUCCAUGUAAACACCCAGCUUUCUCGAUCUUACCAUUUCCUCACCACAUAGAAUUUUUUAAAGCCCCAUUUCAGGAUGUUUUGGAAUUUAUUUGGUCUGGUCAGGUUGCGGGUUUUUUUUUUUUUUUUUUGGCAUCAGAGGCAACAGCAUUUCCGACCUCCCAAAAUAUAAACAUUUACAUACAUCUCAACUUCUCCUCAUCCUGAUUGGGGCUUUAAGGCAACUAAAAGGUAGAUUUCACAGAAAUAUAAAGUUUCAAUGCUGAAAUACUGGAAAUCUUUCAAUUGGUGGACAUGAAUAAGUAUCAUGGACAGAAAACGAUAGUUACAAGGGGCAGCGAGUUUAUUAUGGUUAGUUCUAAAUAAUUCAUUGGUUAAUAUCUGCAGUUAACGAUGACUGAUCUCUUUUUCCUUUGAAAUCUCGAAUUGUUCAGCUGUGUUUAAGUAUGUGAGAGGGUGCAUGAAUGAACAGGAGCACGCUUUCAUUUUUUAACAUCUUGCAUCAUUUCUAUGUAUUUUUUUUUUUUUUUUUAACAACGCUAUUUGCGACACUGGUUGAUUUGCAGUAUGUGUGGAACUGGAUCAUUUCGAAGUGAUACUGUAUCAGUUAUUUAUUUCCGGGUGUAUCAUAUCUGCUGAUUAGUCUUGGUUCAAACUGUGUGUAUUAUCAGUAUAUGUUUGCCUGUGUAAGACUGAACUGAAUCCAAAUGUCCCUCUCCCCCUGAAGUUAAAUGUUUCUUUGGCUGUUGCAUUGUAGAGAAGAGGUAAAACACUGGAUCAUUCCCUUUUGUCUUCAGUGCUUAUUGCAUGCUACAUAUUUUAGGUCUCAGAGCUGCAGCUUUAGCUGUAGAUUAGUAAGUCCAGCCUCAAGCCCCAGUCCUCUUCUGUCCUCAUUUAGACCCGUUCCAGGGUCUCGGCCUGGCUCUCUCUUUUACCUUAUGAGUACUUAGGCAGUUCUAUGUUUUUCCUGUCCUCUUGAUUGCAUUGUGAACUUUCCUUAUUGGAAAUGAGUGGAUUCUUCCAUCUGUCAGUAAUGGGUAAAUGAUCACUGUAAUGUUCAUGAUAUUUAUGAAACAUCUCAUUAAAAUCUCUCCCUAUGUUCAAGUUUUUGACCCCUU